AUGACGAUCUACCGAGCUUGGGGUUCCGCUCUCUGCCAAGAGCUUGACGAGCAGGACAGGCGAGAUGAAGCAGCCAAUGACCAGGCUCUUGGGCUUGCAGCCGGCCCGAAAGGUCUGCCCACGGCAAAGGCGGCAAGAGAGAUCCAAGAGCUCAAAGGCCACUCAAAGCAGCGAGCAGAGUUCAUCGCCUGGAGCCGCAAAAGAUGCACCUUGCAAGUGGACGAGUGUGAGGAGGCUGUAGCAGUGAAGUUUGCGGAGCGUGACCACGUAGGAAAAGCGCUUGGUGGGCACGGCCUUUGGCACAGAGCCCGUGAACCGCGGCAAAAAAAAGUUUCCCCAAUAGAGCAGUGGGUCCAGCUGAUCAACCGGAACCUGGGGCAGCUCCGGGUGGCGAACAGGCGUGGCAAAAGGCCGAGAAACACCGCUUGGCUGGCAACGAGAUGUUCCGCGCUGCAGACUUCAGCCAAGCUGCUGCAUUCUACUCGCUUGCACUCAAGCUUGCACCCGAGUCUGGAGCUGCUUGGGCGAAAGUGUUGGCUCAAGAUGGGCGACCCAGAGAAGGCCCUCGCUGAUGCAGAGUCGUGCACACAGGUCGAGCCGAUGAACCCGAAGGGGUGGUUCCGGAAGAGCAUCAGACUUCACGCCUUGCAGCGCUAUGCCGACGCCAUUCCUGCACUCCUAGAGGCUGAGAAGUCGGAGCCUUCCAACGCGCAGGUCUGGGAUGCGAUUAAGAUGGCCCAACUCAUGGCCAGGAAGGCAGUGAAGGCAGUAUUUUCGGUGCAUGUCGCCGGGGGCAACUCAGUUGGGAGUGCUGGCCAGAAUGCGCUGGUGCCAAAGAGUCUCGUCGGGAUGGGGUCCUUGCCUGCUGCGAGUCUGCGAGUCGAAAGUGAACAGGAUGCCCUGCGGCAGAUGCAGGCUGCGGAGGAAGCAGCCCGGGCACAGCGGCAACAGCGGCUGAGACUUGACCAGUUGCCAUAA